GCCAAAUAAAACAAGGCUUCACUAUAACACGGACUGCUGGUAAGGCUGACUGCCAAAAGUAUUCCUAAUGGGGCGAUCGGAGCCUGCGACGAAAAUAUGCCAAAUUAAGAAAUCACAGCUUUUUCGGGGUCCAUCAGGAUAAGCUAGUAACGAGAUGUACGCUAUAGGCGGACAGACAAGGCUCUCUCAAACGCCCCCACGAAAACUCCAGGGAAUGCAUGAUUCUAUACAAACAAGACUGCAUCAAAUCAGGGUAUUAAAGGCUGGCCGGUAGGCCCAGAUAUGUUUUCAAUUCAUUCCCAUCUGAAAAAUCCAUUCUCCUCACACAAGCAUCCUCAAAACCCCGGUUUACAAAACGUUUAACUAUCGCUUUAUAAUCACCAUCUUCAAAAUGUUGUUCAACUUCAAGUCUAUCUUCCUCCUCGUUCUCGCCGCUAAUGCAUACGCCUCGCCAAUCUCUACGGCCGGUGACACUGCCCUUGAAACCCGCAUUCUCGAAGCCAGGGCCCAGUAUAAGGACGUUGAUUGCAAUGGCAAGGUCUUCAAAGCAGAUACUCUGAGAUCCUCCAUCUCCAAGGCGAGAGAGGUCCAGGGACUUAAAGAUCAGAAGAAGCCGGGAUAUAGUUAUCCCAAGCCAUACGGAAAUGACGGCGGGAAAAUGUUUCCUGGAGCUAGCGGCCUAUAUGAAUACCCCCUGAACAGCCCAGUCUACUCCGGAAAGGGUAUACCCGGCUCGUAUCGCGUUAUCAUGACUUCAAACUAUGGCUACAAGGGCGCCCUUCUUCACAAGGGCGGCAAUACCUUCCAAAAAUGCAUUAAUGUCGAGGACAAGAAGAAGCAGGAAGAGGAAGAUGCGAAGAAGAAGAAAGAAGAGAGCGACAGACAGUCGAAGGAGGCAAAGGAGGCAAACGAGAGGAAGAAGCAUGGAAAGGGUGGCAAGCGCUAGGAGCUUCGCAUUGGAUUAUCAUGGAUUAUAUGUACUAUAGCGAUGGUGUUUUUGAGGUUUCUGAAUUACCUCUGUUGGUGUACAAUUACUUGAUACUAGACCUGGCCUGGCCCACGGGCCGCCCAUUUGGCCCAAAAUGGGCAAAAUCUCAGCUCGCACAUGCCUUGCAUAAGUUAUC